UUACCCGGAUGGAGCUGCACAUGUGCGUUGCAGUGUCCCGGAGCAGUGCUGUUUUAUUCACUGAUCCUCUCACGUCUCCUCUCAGACCUAUCCUGACUGUCUAGGAAAGGUAACGGCCUCAGUGUCUUUUCUUCUGUCUCCUCGACUGACUGCUUCGCAAACAGAAUGCUCCGCUUGCCCAGUGUACUGAGACAGGUGCGGCCGGUCUCCCGUGCCCUCGCCCCCCACCUCACCCGCGGCUACGCCAAGGACGUGAAGUUCGGCAGUGAAGCCAGGGCGCUGAUGCUGCAGGGCGUGGACCUGCUGGCCGACGCCGUGGCUGUUACCAUGGGACCCAAGGGCCGCACGGUAAUCAUUGAGCAGAGCUGGGGCAGCCCCAAGGUGACCAAGGAUGGCGUGACAGUGGCCAAGGCCAUCGACCUGAAGGACAAGUACCAGAACAUCGGCGCCAAGCUGGUCCAGGACGUGGCCAACAACACCAAUGAGGAGGCGGGUGAUGGCACCACCACCGCUACCGUGCUGGCCAGAGCGAUCGCCAAGGAGGGCUUCGAGAAGAUCAGCAAGGGGGCCAACCCUGUGGAGAUCCGCAAGGGUGUCAUGCUGGCUGUGGAGGUCGUCAUCAACGAGCUGAAGAGACUGUCCAAGCCAGUCACCACCCCCGAGGAGAUCUCGCAGGUGGCCACGAUCUCUGCCAAUGGUGAUCAGGAGAUUGGCAACCUCAUCUCGGACGCCAUGAAGAGAGUGGGGCGCAAAGGUGUCAUCACAGUCAAAGAUGGUAAAACUCUGCAUGAUGAGCUGGAGAUCAUUGAAGGCAUGAAAUUCGACCGGGGUUACAUCUCUCCCUACUUCAUCAACACCACUAAAGGUCAGAAGUGUGAGUUCCAGGACGCUUAUCUGCUCCUGAGUGAGAAGAAGAUCUCCAGUGUCCAGUCCAUUGUUCCUGCUCUGGAAAUCGCAAACCAGAACCGCAAGCCCUUGGUCAUCGUGGCCGAGGAUGUGGACGGGGAGGCCCUCAGCACGCUCGUGCUCAACAGGUUGAAGGUGGGGCUGCAGGUCGUGGCAGUCAAGGCUCCAGGCUUUGGAGACAACAGGAAGAACCAGCUGCGAGACAUGGCCGUCGCCACCGGGGGUGCUGUGUUUGGGGACGAGGUGUCCGGCCUCACUCUGGAGGAUAUUCAGCCUCACGACUUCGGGAAGGUGGGGGAGGUGAUAAUCACCAAGGAUGAUACCAUGCUGCUUAAAGGCAAGGGGGUCCAGGAGGCCGUGGAGAAGCGCAUUCAGCAGAUCGUGGAGGAGCUGGAAGUCACCACCAGUGACUACGAGAAGGAGAAGCUCAACGAGAGGCUGGCCAAGCUGUCUGACGGAGUCGCUGUGCUCAAGAUUGGUGGCACGAGUGACGUGGAGGUGAACGAGAAGAAGGACCGCGUGACGGACGCUCUGAAUGCCACGCGUGCCGCGGUGGAGGAGGGGAUCGUGCAAGGAGGAGGCUGCGCUCUGCUGAGGUGCAUCCCUGUGCUGGACACCAUCAAACCAGCCAACGAAGACCAGAAAGUGGGUAUUGAGAUUAUCCGUAAUGCCCUGCGUAUCCCUGCCAUGACGAUAGCGAAGAACGCGGGAGUGGAGGGCUCUCUGGUGGUGGAGAAGAUCCUGCAGAGCUCGGAUGAGAUCGGCUACGACGCGCUGCUUUGCACCUACGUCAACAUGGUUGAGAAGGGCAUCAUCGACCCCACCAAGGUUGUCCGGACCGCACUGAUGGACGCGGCAGGCGUGGCGUCUCUGCUCUCCACAGCCGAGGCCGUGGUGACGGAGCUGCCCAAGCAGGAGAAGGAGGCUCCCAUGGGGGGAGGCAUGGGCGGGAUGGGUGGGAUGGGCGGAGGCAUGUUCUAGACCUCCUACCUGUCUCACACUCUAUCCCUUAACAGCCUUUGCCAAGACUGCCCUCUCUCUACCCCCACUCCCCCGGUCCUUGCAGUGGGGGUGCGGAGAGGGAUCCGUCUGCCACGUGUUGGAGAGAGCAGCGGGAGGGACACUCAGACAUUCAUUGCUUCUCGGGACUGAAGCCGUUCUCAACACGACCCAUCUGUUUACUUCUAGCUCUGUGUAUCCCGGUCUCUGUCCCCCUGCUUUGUCAUUUAUUUUCUAUUUGAAGUAAUUGCCAUUUGCCAUUUUUCGUGAUAGAUUUUUUCGGUACUUGGGUGUGCAAACUAAAUAUUUAUUGUAUGCAUCCUCCUGAAGAGAAACACAGAAUUAUAGAAAAUGCGAUUCAUGUGUAGCUCAGCCAUUCUAAUCUGGGUUUCUACACAAAGAUAUGAGCUACCGCAUAUUAGCAUAGUGUCACUGAGAAGGACUCGUGAGGUUAAUGCGAUAGGGAUGCUUGUCGGAUCUCUUCCUUCUCUAUCACCUGGUUGUACUGGAGAAGCCCUUUUCCAUUCCUGAGAUGGCAUAGACCAACAUCCCAUUGGAAUUUGAGAAUGCUCUCUGGUCUGGCCACCCCCCUCAGUCUUCUCCAGUUAUGAGUCUCUUUUUCACUUCCAUCAUUUCUGGUGAUGAGACCUUGGUGCACUGUGGGUGAGUGAGAGGGAGGAGCUAAUGGGAAUGUGGGUGCCAGAUUGGAGCAUGAACUGGGAGUAGGUGGGUAGUCUGCCCUGGACUGGGGUCCGUCUACAUUCCCUGCAUCAUCUUAAACAUCUCAAUCAUGUGUGGGGUUGGGUCAAAGCAUUUAAGGAUGCAGAUUUCUUUUUGUUUCUUUUUUUUUUAUUUAAGAAAUGUUUUUCUGUACAAGGCAUCCCUAUGCUUACUAAACAUGUUGUACAAUUUAGCCGUUUAAUUAAAUACUUUGUUUUUGUUUAAUAAAAUCAGAUUCUUCAAA